GGGGCGGGGGCCUUGCCUGCCCCAAAUCGCGGCCCUAAUGAAAUGCCUGCUCGGUUCGCCACGCAGACCAAGCGCACACUUGAAAAAUGCAAACGCCAUUGGCAAAUCCAGGGCAAACAGGCAGAAUUUUUAUUAGCAACUAAAUGAUUUAUGGCACACGUACCCCGCCGUCACAAUUAUGGCGUCUUGGAGCAUCCAGGGGUGAAAACAUUAAACAUUUAUAAAAAUAGGCCUUUGUUUUUUUCCACCCCGUAAGCCUUUUGUAUUCCCCACCCCAACUCUCUCAAGAUACAUUUUUUUUCUUGAGCUAUAUUAAAAUAAAAACAUUCCAGAUCCCAGGCAGGAUAACGGGGUGGGGGAUCAGGGUCUGGGCUCCGAAUACUGGAGGCAGCAGGGGUGGGGAGGAAGCGGUGGGGACUGGGGCGUGGGAGGGUUUACUGGGAACGCGCGAGGCCUCUGGACAAGACGAAGGCGCUCGGCUCCCCCACACUCGGCCCCUUCGUCUGCCUUGGCUUCCAGCAGCCCAGCGUAGCGCAGCUCCACUGCAUUUAUUUUACUCCUGCAGUCACCCCCCUCCCCUAAGGCACACAGACACAAUACCUCCUUUCUCUAACCCCCCUCCUUUCGGUCUUUGCUCCUGGCCGUCCCGGGGCUGCACUGGGCGCCUCCCGCCGCCUCGACUGCCGAGGCCGCCAGAGACCAGCGCGCCCAGCUCCAAGCCCAGACACCGCGGCUCGUUCCCCUCAGCUCCGGCUAUUUUCGUUCCUUUCUUUCCUUCACACUCCUCCCUCCUCCCCCCUCGGAGCUCCAGCUUCCAAAAGAGGGCAGCCUAGAAACCAGCGCAGGAGGCUCCAGGAAGGGCAACUUGAAACUGCCCUCAAGAGGCUGAACUUUUUUCCUCAAAUUUAUCCUGGAAUUAAAUUAGACACCCCCAGUUCGCUCUCGAAGCCUACCCCCCUUCUUUUCUAAAAGUGGAGAAAAGAAAAUAGAACGAAUGAGCACUGACUAGCUCAUUCCUUCCCCCCUCCAGAAAAGUUGCUUAAAAAAUGGAUUGAAAAAAAGAACGAGCAAUGCAAAAACGCUGAGUCCGCAGCGCGGGGCGUAAAAGCGGGCUUCUCUUGUUUUAAUUAAAAUCCUAUAACCGCGGUUGCUUUCCGAGGCAGGAUCGGCCAGGAUUCCUGCCCCUCCAAGCUUCCUUUUGAGGGUAUGUAAUGCCUAGCCCGGCUCGAGAGCCUGCGAGGCUGCAGAGAGAGGGUGAGGGGCCCCCAGGACACUCCUUCCUGCGUGGUCCGCACUCCCUGCGCCCCUAGUCAGGUAGGUCUGCCGCGGGCAGCUCCCGGCUACUCAACCCAGAAAGGAUUUCGCUGAAAGCGCAAAAUAAAAGUACAAAGUCUGGGGGAUUGGGGCUCCCCUCCCCCCUCGGCCGCCGUGGCCAGCCAAGCACUUUUUGGGCUUGGCUGCUGCUUCCUCUGAGCUCAACAGAUUUUUUUUUUCCCGGUCUCGCCCUCCCUGGAGGGGGCGCGGCGGAUGGAAGGCGAGAGAGGCCCCCAGCCAAGAGGUUUUUAAUAUUACACUUUAAUAGGUUUCAGAAGGCCCCGUGGAGAAAUGCUAAUAGGCUGAAAUGUCAGAAUCGAGAGGGAUUCAGUUUGCGCUCAGCCGAUCUAAUCCUUUUUUCUGCUCUGAUUUUUUUUGGAGGGGGGGGAAAGAAAGGGAAGGGAGGGCCCACGCAGAGGAGCCUUUGGGGAGGGGCGCGCUGUUCCAAGCGCCGCAGCCCCGGCUUGGGCCGAGCGGGGGGGGCGCGCCCCGGUCCGCGUUUCUAUAGGAACCCCUUUUAGAAGAUUAGAGACUCACCCGCUGCCCGCCGCCGCGGCCUCUCCAAAAUAUUAAUCAGUAACCAUCUGACACAGCGUUACAGGGAGGGACCCGCAGGCCAGGGCUAGGAAAACGGCCUUCUCGCCAGCCCAUCCCACCCAACCACGCUGCUGGGGGAGAGGGAAUGAAUUGCUGCUUUGUUUUAAAAGGAAAAAAAAAAGGAAAAAGCAGCCCUUGUCUGUUUUGGCGUCUCCACCGGGCGUACCAGAGGCGCACCCCAGGGAAGUUGGGGGGCCAGGGCCUGGGCGCGGGGUGCAGCUCGCCAGACCCCAGGCCCUCCCCGGUUUGAUCGGCUUGUCACCUCCUUCUGCAAGCAGGAAGCUGACAGGCGGCCCAUUAAACCGCGCCUUGCAAAGCCCAGGAUUGCGGCGACAACCAUCUUCCUCUAUUUUGAUCACUCAGCCCAGACGCUGGGGGAGGGGGGAGGAAAAGGGAGGAGAAGGAGAAAGGGGGGAGUCUGAGCUGGUGGAGGGGGAGGGAUGCCUAGAAACGGCCCGGAAAAAUUCUCACCACCAGUUUUGAUCAUUCAGCCCCGCCGAGGGGAGCCUGGAAACUGCUGGAGCCCCUAGGUCCGUAAUUGGUUUUAUAGGAAUGGCUGAGGGCCAAGGUGUUUACAUGCGCGUGAUUGGCGGUGCGCGCCGCCAAUGGGAGGCUGCCAGGGGCCGGCCCGGAGGGGGGGCGGGCGCCGGGAACAAUGCGUGUUUCUUUGCAAGAGUGCUCCCCUCCCCCACUCCCCCCCCCGCUGGUUUUUUUUUUUUUUUUUUUUAGAUCCAGCGAGAGGAACUUGAAAGGGGGGUUGUGUAAUGUACCUUUUCCAAUCCCGGGCUGUAUAUGGAGAUUUGGGAUUCUUUAAACCGGCGCUACCUGGAUUUUAUUAAAAAGCGGGGAGCUCGGCGGGAGGAAAGCUGGCUUUUCCGGGGGCUGCGGGAGCCGGGCCGCGGGAGGGCGGAGGAGUUGGCGCGCCGAGCUCUCGGCCCGGGGAGCGGUUUUCUACCAAAAAAAGGAAAGGCGGGCAAAAAGUGUGAGGCGGCUGCGGGUGGCGGAGGGGAGCGGCAGCCACGGGAUGGCGGGCAGCAUGGGCGCCUAGCCGCGCCGGGAGCCGGGGCUGCCACCGGAGUCGCUGUCGCCGGAGCCCGGAGCCGGGAGCCCAGCCGCGCCAGAAGCCGUGUGCGCUGCCUCGCGCACCUCCAACCGGCCGCCAGGAGGGGCCCCACCGCCGGCCGCCUGUGCGCCCCGGGCCGCGGGGCCCACUGCCGAGCGCAAGCCCCGCUGGCCGCCGCCAUGCACGCCGCGGAGCCCCCGCCACCCGAGGACUCUGGGACUACGCCGAGGCCGAACUUUUAGGUCCCACUGAGCGAGGCCCGCGGGCCGGGUGGGGGGCUGGCCGCGGCACUCCCGCGGAGGAUGGAUGGCCGAGACUUCGGGCCCCAGCGGUCCGUGCACGGCCCCCCGCCGCCGCUACUGUCCGGCUUGGCCAUGGACAGCCACCGCGUGGGCGCGGCCACUGCCGGACGCUUGCCCGCCUCGGGCUUGCCCGGCCCGCUGCCGCCUGGGAAGUACAUGGCCGGCCUCAACCUCCACCCGCACCCGGGGAAAGAAGCGGCGCAGGGAGCGGAUCGGGCCGGACACGGGCGGCAGAGGGGACACCCUGGGUCUGACAUCGAACCGCAGGAGGUGGCCGAGAAGGCUCCGCGGCCACCACCAUUUCCCGAGAGGGGCUGCCCAGGCGAGGCCUUCCUGGGCAGCUUUGUGGCCAGCGGGAUGGGGCCCUCGGCCUCGUCCCAUGGGAGCCCGGUGUCCCUGCCCUCUGACCUCUCCUUCCGCUCCCCCACCCCCAGCAACCUGCCCAUGGUGCAGCUGUGGGCUGCCCAUGCGCAUGAAGGCUUCUCCCACCUGCCCAGCGGGCUGUACCCAUCCUACCUCCACCUGAACCACCUGGAGCCCCCCAGCAGCGGGAGCCCCCUCCUCAGCCAGUUGGGCCAGCCCAGCAUUUUCGAUACCCAGAAAGAUGGCUUCUACCUGCCCACCCCGGGGGCCGCGAGCGCCCUGCACUCUCAUGCGCCCUCUGCCAGGACCCCUGGCGGCCACUCCGCAGGCGCCCCAGCCAAAGGCUCUUCGUCAUCCCGGGAAGGUCUGCCCAAGGAGCGGGCGGGCCGUGGCGGAGAGCCACCUCCGCUGUUCGGCAAGAAGGACCCGCGCGCCCGCGAGGAGGCAGCAGGGCCGCGUGGCGUGGUGGACCUGACCCAGGAGGCGCGGUCUGAGGGCCGCCAGGACCGCGGGCUCCCGCGCCUGGCUGAGCGCCUAUCCCCCUUCCUAGCGGAACCUAAGGGCAAGAGCGCGCUGCAGCCGUCGGUGCUGAGCAUGUGCAACGGUGCAGGGGACGUGGGGCUGUCCGCGCUGGUGGCCGAGGUGGGCCGCAGUGGCGCCAAGGAGGCAGCCCGGCAGGACGAGAGCACGCGGCUGCUGCGGCGCACAGAGGCCCUGCUGCCUGGGCCACGGCCCUGCGCCUCGCCGCUGCCCCCGCCGCCACCCAAGGGGCCGCCCGUGCCGCCCGCCUCUGCGCCCGCGCCUACUGGCGUCUACACCGUUUUCCGCGAGCCGGGCCGCGAGCACCGCGUGGUGGCGCCCACCUUCGUGCCUUCCGUGGAGGCCUUCGACGAGCGCCCAGGGCCCAUUCAGAUCGCAUCGCAGGCGCGCGACGCCCGGGCCCGCGAGCGCGAAGCGGGCAGGCCAGGGGUCCUGCAGGCGCCACCGGGCUCCCCGCGGCCGCCCGACCGGCCCGAGAACCUGCGGGAGAAGAACUCUGUCAUCCGUUCGCUCAAGCGGCCACCACCCGCCGACGCCCCGCCAUCGCGGGCUGCGCGCGCCUCCCCUGACGCCCGGGCCUACCUGCCGGCCAAGGAGCUGCUCAAGCCUGAGGCCGAGCCGCGGCCAUGCGAGCGCGCGCCCCGUGGCCCCGCGGCCCAGCAGGCUGCCAAGCUCUUCGGCCUGGAGCCUGGACGGCCGACCCCGCCCGCCGGUCCCGAGCACAAGUGGAAGCCUUUCGAGCUGGGCAACUUCGCCACGACGCAGAUGGCUGUGCUGGCUGCGCAGCACCACCAUGCCAGCCGCGCCGAGGAGGAGGCCGCGGCUGCCUCCAAGAAGGCCUACCUGGACCCUGGGGGCACGCUGCCCCGCAAUGCGGCGUCCUGCGGCAGGCCUGGCGCCGACUUGCACCCUGUGACUCACGGACCUGGAGAGGCCUCGGCCAUGCAGAGCCUCAUCAAGUACAGCGGCAGCUUUGCCCGGGAGGCAGUGGCUGUGCGCCCUGGCGGCUGUGGCAAGAAGAGUCCAUUUGGAGGCCUGGGCACCAUGAAACCUGAGCCCACGCCCACCACUGUGGGUGCCCCGCGUGCCCAGGCCCGCCUCCCGCACCCUGGAGGCCCUGCAGCAGGUGGGGGCCGGCAGCUGAAGCGGGACCCUGAGAGGCCCGAGAGCGCCAAGGCUUUUGGGCGCGAGGGCUCCGGUGCCCAGGGUGAGGCAGAAGUUCGACACCCACCAGUGGGCAUUGCGGUGGCUGUGGCUCGGCAGAAGGACAGUGGCGGCAGUGGCCGGCUGGGGCCUGGGCUGGCGGAUCAGGAGCGCUCUCUGUCACUGAGCAAUGUCAAAGGGCACGGCCGAGCAGACGAAGACUGUGCGGACGACCGGGCCAGGCACCGGGAGGAACGGCUGCUGGGGGCGAGGCUGGACCGGGACCAGGAGAAGCUGCUCCGGGAAAGUAAGGAGCUGGCCGACUUGGCCCGCCUGCACCCCACCAGCUGUGCUCCUAACGGCCUGAACCCCAACCUCAUGGUGACUGGGGGCCCGGCACUGGCAAGCUCAGGUCGCUGGUCUGCUGACCCUGCAGCCCACCUGGCCACGCACCCCUGGCUGCCCCGCUCGGGCAGCACGUCCAUGUGGCUUGCUGGACACCCCUACGGCUUGGGCCCCCCCUCUCUGCACCAGGGCAUGGCCCCUGCGUUCCCACCCGGCUUGGGGGGCUCCCUGCCAUCAGCCUACCAGUUUGUCAGGGACCCCCAGUCGGGCCAGCUAGUGGUCAUUCCCAGUGAUCACCUGCCUCACUUUGCAGAGCUGAUGGAGCGAGCUGCGGUGCCACCCCUAUGGCCUGCCCUGUACCCACCAGGCCGCAGCCCCCUGCACCACGCCCAGCAGCUACAGCUGUUCUCCCAGCAACACUUCCUGCGGCAGCAGGAGUUGCUGUACCUGCAGCAGCAGGCGGCCCAGGCCCUGGAACUGCAGAGGAACGCACAGCUAGUGCAGGAGCGGCUGAAGGCCCAGGAGCACCGGGCAGAGAUGGAGGAGAAGGCAGGCAAGAGGAGCCUGGAGGCCACGGGCAAGGCCGGCCUGGCUGCCACGGGCCCAGGGCUGCUGCCUCGAAAGCCCCCCGGCUUGUCUGCCGGCCCCACAGGCACCUACGGCAAGGCCGUGAGCCCACCACCAUCUCCCCGAGCGUCCCCUGUGGCUGCCCUGAAGGCCAAAGUCAUCCAGAAGCUGGAGGACGUGUCCAAGCCGCCCGCCUACGCCUACCCUGCCACUCCCAGCGCCCACCCGACCAGCCCACCGCCUGCCUCCCCACCGCCCACCCCUGGCAUCACCCGCAAGGAAGAGGCCCCCGAGAACGUUGUGGAGAAGAAGGACCUGGAGCUGGAGAAGGAAGCCCCCAGCCCCUUCCAGACCCUGUUCUCAGAUAUCCCACCCAGGUACCCGUUCCAAGCCCUGCCGCCGCACUACGGGAGGCCCUACCCAUUCUUGCUGCAGCCCACGGCGGCUGCCGAUGCCGACGGCCUGGCCCCUGAUGUGCCGCUCCCAGCUGAUGGUCCUGAGCGCCUGGCACUUUCGCCGGAAGACAAGCCCAUCCGUUUGUCACCCUCCAAGAUCCCAGAGCCGCUGCGGGAGGGCCCGGAGGAAGAGCCACUGGCCGAGCGGGAGGUGAAGGCGGAGGUGGAGGACAUGGAUGAAGGCCCUGCAGAGCUGCCGCCCCUGGAGUCACCUCUGGCCCUGCCCGCUGAGGAAGCCAUGGUGGCCUCAAGCCCCGCAGGUGGCUGCGGAGGAGGUCUGCUGGAGGCCCAGGCGCUGAGUGCCGCCGGGCAGGGGUGCACUGAACCUUCCGAGUGCCCAGAAUUUGUGGAGGGGGCUGAAGCUCGGUUGGACUCCCCGAGCCUGACAGAAUCCUGUGCAGCUGCCUUAGACUUGGGGGAGCGGCUGACGCCCCAGACUCUGGUGGAGGCCAAGGAGGAGCCCGUGGAGGUGCCGGUGGAGGUGCCCGUGGCCGAGGCAGUGCCUGAGGAAGGCCUGGUGCAGGUGGCCCCGAGCGAGCCCCAGGCCAGCCUGGACUUGUCAGACUGUGACAUGCCCACCAGGGAGGGACAGUGCCCGAGCUUGGAGCCCCAGGAGGCCACACCAGUGUCCAGCAGUGCCUGCCACCUGGAAGAGGCAAGCUCUGACCCGUUCCUGCCCUGCCUGGAGGACCCGCUGGCCGGCAUGAACGCCCUGGCGGCGGCGGCGGAGCUGCCCCAGGCCAGGCCUCUGCCCUCCCUGGACGCUGGGACCCAGGCCUCGGAGAAGCUGGAAGCGGCUCAGGGCCUUGUGCUGGAGAAGAGCUUCCUGCAUGGCAUCACCCUGCUGAGUGAGAUCGCGGAGCUGGAGCUGGAGCGGCGGGGCCAGGAUGCGGGAGGUGUGGAGCGGGGCCUGGCCGUGCGGCCCUCGCUGGAGAGCCUGCUGGUGGCCGGCAGCCACAUGCUGAAGGAGGUGCUGGAUGGCCCCUUCGUGGACCCGCUCAAGAAUCUGCGGCUUCCCCGGGAGCUGAACCCCAACAAGAAGUAUAGCUGGAUGCAGAAGAAGGAGGAGCGGAUGUACGCGAUGAAGUCCUCCUUGGAGGACAUGGACGCCCUGGAGCUGGACUUCCGGAUGCGGCUGGCAGAGGUGCAGAGGCAGUACAAAGAGAAGCAGCGGGAGCUGGUGAAACUGCAGAGGCGCCGGGACUCCGAGGACAGGCGCGAGGAACCCCAUAGAAGCUUGGCACGCAGAGGCCCUGGCAGGCCGCGGAAACGGACCCACGCCCCGAGCGCCCUGUCGCCCCCCCGCAAGAGAGGGAAGAGCCGCAACAGUAGCGGAAAGCUGAGCAGCAAGUCCCUGCUGACAUCAGAUGACUACGAGCUGGGAGCAGGGAUAAGGAAGCGACACAAGGGGCCCGAGGAGGAGCACGAGGCUCUCAUUGGAAUGGGGAAAGCCAGGGGGAGGAACCAGACGUGGGAUGAGCACGAAGCCUCGUCCGACUUCCUCAGUCAGCUAAAGAUUAAGAAGAAGAAGAUGGCCAGCGACCAGGAGCAGUUGGCAAGCAAGCUAGACAAGGCCCUCUCCCUUACAAAGCAGGACAAGUUGAAAUCGCCCUUCAAGUUUUCGGACAGUUCUGGGGGGAAAUCGAAAACUAAUGGGGGCUGCGGCAGGUACUUGACUCCUUAUGACAGCCUGCUGGGCAAGGACAGGAAGGCGCUGGCCAAAGGCCUCGGUCUGUCUCUGAAAUCCUCCAGAGAAGGUAAACAUAAAAGGGCUGCCAAAGCCAGGAAGAUGGAGGUGGGGUUCAAGGCCAGAGGCCAGCCCAAGUCGGCCCAUUCUCCGUUCACCUCGGAAGUGAGCAGCUACUCCUACAAUACGGACUCAGAGGAAGAUGAAGAGUUCCUGAAGGACGAGUGGUCUGCCCAAGGCCCCUCCGGCUCCAAGCUGACGUCCUCCAUCUUGUGUGGCGUGGUUGCGAAGAGCAGCAAGGCGGCCGGCGGCCCCAAGCUGACCAAGAGGGGCCUGGUGGCCCCCCGGACUCUGAAACCCAAGCCGGCCGCCAGCAGGAAGCAGCCCUUUUGUUUGCUGCUCCGAGAGGCCGAGGCCCGUUCCUCCUUCAGCGACUCUUCGGAGGACUCAUUUGACCAAGAUGAGAGCUCCGAGGAGGACGAGGAGGAGGAGGAGGAGGAGCUCGAGGAGGAGGAGGAUGAGGCUGGCGGUGGCUCCAGGCUGGGCGCCCGGGAGCGGGCCCUGUCGCCGGGCCUGGAGGAGAGUGGGCUGGGCCUGCUGGCCCGCUUCGCAGCCAGUGCGCUCCCCAGCCCUGCAGUGGGGCCAAACCUGUCGGUGGUGCAGCUGGAGGCCAAGCAGAAGGCCCGGAAGAAAGAGGAGCGGCAGAGCCUGCUGGGCACGGAGUUCGAGUACACCGACUCGGAGAGCGAGGUCAAGGUGCGCAAGCGGUCGCCGGCGGGGCUGCUGCGGCCCAAGAAGGCGCUGGGGGAGCAGGGGCCGCCCGCGCCCGCGCCCGCCGCCCGGGGCCCCGCCAGCCCCGACAAGACCAAGCUGGCGGCGGAGAAGGGGCGCAAGGCUCGGAAGCUGCGGGGCGCCAAGGAGCCCGGUUUCGAGGCGGGGCCCGAGGCCAGCGACGACGACCUGUGGACGCGGCGCCGCAGCGAGCGCAUCUUCCUGCACGACGCCUCUGCCGCCGCGCCCGCACCUGCCCGCGCCGCGCCCGCGCCCGCGCCCCGCACCCGCGCCAAGGGCGGCCCCCUGAGCCCGCGCAAGGACACCGGCCGCGCCAGGGACCGGAAGGACCCCAGGAAGAAGAAGAAAGGGAAGGAGGCCAGUCCAGGAGCAGCGCUGCCCGCACCCCGCACUCCCGCCCUGCCCGCCGAGGCCAGGGCCCCUCACGCCAGCUCCCUGGCCGCUGCCAAGAGGAACAAGGCCAAGGCCAAAGGGAAAGAGGUGAAGAAGGAGAACCGGGGGAAGGGGGGCGCCGUGAGCAAGUUGAUGGAGAGCAUGGCGGCUGAGGAGGACUUUGAGCCCAACCAGGACUCCAGCUUCUCUGAGGACGAACACCUGCCCCAUGGCGGGGUCGUGGAGCGGCCGCUGACUCCAGCCCCUCGCUCAUGCAUCAUUGACAAGGAUGAGCUGAAGGACGGCCUGCGGGUGCUCAUCCCCAUGGACGACAAGCUGCUGUACGCGGGGCAUGUGCACACGGUGCACUCGCCAGACAUAUACCGUGUGGUGGUGGAGGGCGAGCGCGGCAACCGGCCCCACAUCUACUGUCUGGAGCAGCUGCUGCAGGAGGCGAUCAUCGACGUGAGGCCGGCCUCUACUCGCUUCCUGCCACAAGGGACCAGGAUCGCAGCCUACUGGAGCCAGCAGUACCGUUGUCUCUACCCGGGCACCGUGGUCCGAGGGUUACUGGACCUGGAGGAUGAUGGGGACCUGAUCACCGUGGAAUUUGACGACGGGGACACAGGGAGGAUCCCCCUCUCGCACAUCCGCCUCCUGCCUCCUGACUAUAAGAUCCAGUGUGCUGAGCCGUCCCCGGCCCUCCUGGUGCCCAGCGCCAAGCGCCGCAGCCGGAAGACCAGCAAAGACACUGGGGAAGGCAAAGAUGGGGGCACGACAGGGACGGAGGAACCGGGAGCCAAGGCGCGAGGGCGCGGGCGGAAACCCGGCACCAAGGCCAAGGGCGACAGAGCUGCUGUCCUGGAGGAAGGGGGCCCAACGGAUGAGGUCCCCAAUACCCCCUUGGCUCUGGAGCCAAGCAGCACCCCAAGUUCCAAGAAGAGCCCCCCAGAGCCUGUGGACAAGCGGGCCAAAGCCCCCAAAGCCCGCCCAGCAGCCCCACAGCCUAGCCCCGUGCCACCCACCUUUGCCAGCGGCCCAGCUCCCGAGCCCUUCGGGGAGCUGCCGCCGCCCCCCGCCGCCCCCCUCAUCACCAUGCCCGCCACCCGCCCCAAGCCCAAGAAGGCGCGGGCUGCCGAGGAGUCAGGUGCCAAGGGCCCUCGCAGGCCAGGGGAGGAGGCUGAGCUGCUCGUCAAACUGGACCACGAGGGGGUCAUGUCACCCAAAAGCAAGAAGGCCAAAGAGGCCCUGCUGCUCCGGGAGGACCCAGGGGCCGGGGGCUGGCAGGAGCCCAAGGGCCUGCUGAGCCUGGGCGGCUAUCCCCCUGCGGCAGGCGGCAGCGAGCCCAAGACGGCCUGGCCCAAGACCACGGAUGGGGACCUGGCCCAGGAGCCCGCGGCAGGGCUCGCGUUUGAGGACUCUGGGAACCCCAAGAGCCCGGACAAGGCCCAGGCAGAGCAGGACGGGGCAGAGGAGUCGGAGAGCGGCAGCAGCAACAGCAGCAGCAGUAGCAGCAGCAGCAGCAGCAGCAGCGGGUCGGAGACGGAAGGCGAGGAGGACGGUGACAAGAACGGAGAUGGAGGCCGCAGCGCCGGGGGCCGCAACUGCAGCGCCUCCAGCUCCAGGGCAUCCUCCCCUGCCUCCUCUUCCUCCUCUUCCUCUUCUUCCUCGUCCUCAUCCUCCUCCUCUUCCUCUUCCUCUUCUUCUUCCUCUUCCUCUUCCUCCUCCUCCUCCUCUUCCUCCUCCUCCUCCUCUUCUUCCUCUUCGUCCUCUUCCUCUUCCUCCUCCUCCUCCUCCUCCUCCUCCUCCUCUUCCUCCUCCACCACAGACGAGGACUCUUCUUGCAGCUCGGACGACGAGGCCGCUCCCGCCCCUGCGGCCGGGCCCUCUACCCCGCCGGCGCUGCCCGCCAAGGCAGCCAAGCAGGCAGGCAAGGGGCGCUCCUCGGCCCACUCCCCGGGCAAGAAGGCGGCUGCACCCCAGCCCCAGGCGCCCCCGCCGCAGCCCCCGCAGCCGCUGCAGCCCAAAGCUCAGGCUGGGGCCAAGAGCCGGCCCAAGAAGAGGGAGGGCGUCCACCUCCCCACCACCAAGGAGCUGGCCAAGCGGCAGCGCCUUCCGUCCGUGGAGAACCGGCCCAAGAUCGCCGCCUUCCUGCCAGCCCGGCAGCUCUGGAAAUGGUUCGGGAAACCCACCCAGCGGCGCGGCAUGAAGGGCAAGGCCCGCAAGCUCUUCUACAAGGCCAUCGUGCGCGGCAAGGAGCUCAUCCGCAUCGGGGAUUGCGCCGUGUUCCUCUCGGCCGGCCGCCCCAACCUGCCCUACAUCGGCCGCAUCCAGAGCAUGUGGGAGUCGUGGGGCAACAACAUGGUGGUCCGCGUCAAGUGGUUCUACCACCCCGAGGAGACCAGCCCUGGCAAGCAGUUCCACGAGGGCCAGCACUGGGACCAGAAGUCCGGCCGCAGCCUCCCCGCAGCCCUGCGGGUCUCCAGCCAGAGGAAGGACUUCAUGGAGCGCGCCCUGUACCAGUCCUCGCACGUGGACGAGAACGACGUGCAGACGGUGUCGCACAAGUGCCUGGUGGUGGGCCUGGAGCAGUACGAGCAGAUGCUCAAGACCAAGAAGUACCAGGACAGCGAGGGCCUGUACUACCUCGCGGGCACCUACGAGCCCACCACGGGCAUGAUCUUCUCCACGGACGGCGUGCCCGUGCUCUGCUGAGCCUGCCGACCCCGUUGCCCCGAGGCUGCCCUUGCGACUCGAGGGCCGACGGGGCUCUCACCGUCACUGCCACGGCGCAGGGACCACGUGCGUUGUGUGCAUGCAAGUGUGCCCGUGGGUGUGUGCAUGGGGCCAGGUGUGAUGACGCCCCGGGCGAGUGUGAGUGUGUACAUGUGUGUGCCCGUAUGCAUGCACGUGUGUGCACACAUGUGCACACGUCUCAGCCCGACUUCCCUAACCCCUCAGCGCCCCCACGACAGGGGCUCCUCUCAGCUAUCAGGGUAUGGCUCUGCCGUCCCCCUCAGGGUGGCCUCGGCCAGGACUGGCCUCAGGCCUCCUGUCCAGCACCUUGUAAGCACUUGGCCAGGUGCCCCCAGGCCCAAGCAGACUGGGGGUUCAGCGGGGGGCUUCCAAGGAACCAAACUGAUGCUCACUCUGGGGCUCCCGGCACCGUGGGCACAGAGCCCACCCCAAGGCCUCCCACCGCGGGAUGGAGUGGCCCAACGCCAGCCAGCCUCAAGGACCACACUCUGCCUGCUCCGGGCGCCCUGCCGGGCCGGCCCCAACCUCUCAGGAUGGCCUGGACUUGGGGAACGAGCCCGGCAAAGGGGAAGCCUAGGAGCAUCGCCAGGCGCCAGGUGGAGGGGCUGCGUGCCCCAGGGCCCAGCGAGGGCCCCUCCCAGCCCAGAUCCUCACACUACAGAAAACCCCAAUGGUGCUGAAAUCCUCGCCCGGCCACGCCCGGCCCCUCCCUGCCCAGGAGGGAGGUGGCAGUUCUUAACCUGUACAGUUUUAUUGUACCAAGAGAGACUCGCCCUGCCCCUGUAUCAUAAGCCUUUAAAUGGAGUCAACUUUUUAAUUAUAUAUAUAAAGAUAAAUAUAUAUAAAUAUAUAUAAAUAUAAACUUUUUAAAACUGUGAAAACAUAGCUAUGAAAUUAUAAAAAAAAAGCGAACACAUUCUGACGUGCAGAAUAUUAUUUUUUAUUUCCUGUUAGAUUGUGAGUGUCUAGCACCCGGCUUCACCGGCCUCCCCAGCCCCCAGCACAUCCACCGUGGCCCAAGGGUCCCGUACAGCCCCCAGGACUGAGGAGUUAGGGACAGCAGACAGCAGACUGAGCGAGGGACAGGGAGGGUGAGGGAGGACCCGCCCGAGCCCAAGGUCCUGCUCGGGCCCAAGAAAGCACUUAGCCAGCCCCCGAGCCUUCCAGGGACACGGGAGGCCUUGUCCAGACAAUCUCGAGGGAAGGAAAAGCCAGACUUUGGUUUUGUUUUGGGGGGGGGGGGAAUUAUUGUUUUCCUUUUUUUUUAAGUUUCUUUUGGAAUUUUGUUUGUUGGCAAAUUCUGUGUGAUCUUUUUCAUAAAAAAAAAAAAAGAAAAGAAAAAGAUUUAAUUGGAAAAAUGCCAUUGUU